CAAGAAGCCACUUCUGAUCUCAGGAUCUAUCCAGCAUGCCUAAUCAAGGAGAAGACUGCUAUUUUUUUUUCUAUUCUACAUGUACCAAAGGUGACAGCUGUCCAUUCCGUCACUGUGAAGCUGCACUAGGAAAUGAAACUGUUUGCACAUUAUGGCAAGAAGGGCGCUGUUUUCGACAAGUGUGCAGGUUCAGGCACAUGGAGAUUGAUAAAAAACGCAGUGAGAUUCCUUGUUACUGGGAAAAUCAACCAAUGGGAUGUCAAAAACUAAACUGCGCUUUCCAUCACAACAGAGGACGUUAUGUUGAUGGCCUUUUUCUACCUCCAAGCAAAACUAUGUUGCCCACUGUGCCUGAGUCACUAGAGGAGGAAGUGAAGGCUUGCCAGCUCACAGUUCAGCAGAACAAAUUGUCUGUCCAGUCUAAUCCCUCUCCUCAGAUGCGAAGUGUAAUGAAAGUAGAAAGUUCAGAAAAUGUUCCUAGCCCUACACAUCCACCAGUCGUAAUCAAUGCUGCAGAUGAUGAUGAGGAUGAUGAUGAUCAGUUCUCUGAGGAAGGUGAUGAAACCAAAACACCUACCCUGCAACCAGCUGCUGAAGUCCAUAAUGGAUUACGAGUGGCAUCUGCCCGGAAACCUGGGGUCAAUUUAAAACAAGGUGAAUGUUUGAAUUUUGGAAUAAAAACUCUUGAGGAAAUUAAGUCAAAGAAAAUGAAGGAAAAAUCCAAGAAGCAAGGUGAAGGUUCUUCAGGAACUUCCAGUCUUUUACUCCAACCUCAGACCAUUCCAGGUCCUGAAAAAGAGAAUGUGCGGACCGUGGUGAGGACAGUAACUCUGUCCAACAAACAAGGAGAACAACCCUUGGUAAGAUUGAGUCUCACGGAGAGACUAGGGAAAAGAAAAAUUUCAGUAGGUGGUGACAGUGAUCCUCCAUUAAAGCGUAGCCUUGCACAGAGGCUAGGGAAAAAAGUCGAUGCUUCAGAAACUGACAAAACACCAAAGAAAGUUCAAGUUUCUAAGUCUCUAAAGGAACGAUUAGGUGUGUCAGCUGGUGUGAACAGUGAGGAGGCAGCAGAGAGAGUUACUAAAGUUGGUGAGAUCCACGUGAAAACAUUAGAAGAAAUUCUCCUUGAAAGAGCCAGUCAAAAACGUGGAGAAUUGCAUACUAAACUCAAGACAGAAGGACCUUCAAAAGUUGAUGAUUCUACUUCAGGAGCAAGAAGCUCUUCCACUAUCCGCAUCAAAACCUUCUCUGAGGUCCUGGCUGAAAAGAAGCAUCGGCAGCAGGAAGAAGAGAGACAAAAAAGCAAAAAGGAUCUAACCUGCAUCAAGUUAAAGACUGAUAAUGAAAUUAAAAAAACAGUGGUUUUGCCACAGAUAGUUGCCAACAAAGGACAAUCAGAGGAGCCUGCAGGUAGAACAAAGUCUGUGCAGGAGGUACACAUCAAGACACUGGAAGAAAUUAAACUAGAGAAGGCACUGAGGGUGCAGCAGAGCUCCGAGAGCAGCACCCUGGGAGCCAGCUCCCAGUCUCAGCCUGAGGCCACCCCAGGGGCUAGGCGGCUUCUCCGAAUCACCAAAAAAUCAGUUACAAAAGAAGAAAAGAAACUUCAAGAAGAAAGUGACAUUGCGUUUCAGAGCAGUGUAACUAGAACAGAGGCUAAAGAGGCUUCAACUGAGACAACAGGAAUUGGCAUCACUAAAAUUCAAGUCAAGAAAUGUGAGACCAUGAGAGAAAAGCACAUACAGAAACAACCAGAGAGGGGAAACUCACAGAAGGAAAAAUCAGUUUUGACAUCCCUUAGGAGAGAUGUAGACUCUUGUAACACCCAGAUAGCAGAGGAGCCAGUGCUCACUACAGUGCCAGGCGUCACACGCUGCCUAACAAAGCGGCCUCCCACAAAGUCAUCCCAGAAGGCAGAGGUAGAAACCUCAGGGAUUGGCGACUCAGUAUUAAAUGUGAAAUGUGCAGCACAGACCUUGGAAAAAAGGGGUAAAGCUAAACCCAAAGUGAAUGUGAAGCCAUCUGUGGUUAAAGUUGUCUCUUCCCCCAAAUUUGCCCCCAAACGCAAGGCAGCGGAGAUGCACUCUGCUGUCAUUGCAGCUGUGAAGCCACUCAGUUCCAGCAGUGACCGGCAGGAAAGCCCAGCCAAGAAAGCGGCUGUGGCUGUUGUCCCACUCCUCUCUGAGGACAAAUCAGUCACUAUUCCUGAGACAGAGAAACCUAGAGACAGUCUUGUUCUGUCUCCAGUCCAGUCCUCUUCAGAUCCCUCUCCACCAGAAGUAUCUGGCCCUUCCUCAUCCCAAAUGGCCACAAAAACUCGCCGACUCAGCUCUGCAUCAACAGGAAAGCCCCCACUCUCUAUGGAGGAUGAUUUUGAGAAACUAAUAUGGGAGAUUUCAGGAGGCAAAUUAGAAGCUGAGAUCGACCUGGAUCCUGGGAAGGAUGAAGAUGAUCUUUUGCUUGAGCUGUCAGAAAUGAUUGAUAGCUGAAGGUGGUAAUAGAACAUUUAAAACAAAAAAAAAAGAAAGAAAAACUCACCAAAAAACUGGACUUAGUUCCAUCUAUUAUACAUUUACCCAAGAUGAUCAUUUGUUUAGUCUAGAAUUUGCCCCAAACCAGAAGUAUACCUCUGAAUUUACCUGUAUGUGUACUAGAUUUGUUGGAGUCGGGAUUUUAAAGUUCAUUGAUAAUCAUUUUGUCCAUUUGAUGCCAUUGUUUAGCAUCUUCAAGAAAAAAUUCUGUCUCACCCCUCUCUCCACAAAAAACUGAGAGGGAGAUCCAAGUGAAAGAGUACCAGAGAACUUUGUGACUCCUUGAGGUGUUUGUCAGUUUUGGCUUUCUCCCCCUUUGUUGUAUUCAUUUCUGUAUUGUCUUAAUGUACUUAAUGUUACCUGAGUUUGGAGAGGAUGAAGACAGCUGCUACCAUAAGGACCAAAUUUCACACUACCACUAAACAACAACAAAAAAAUUCACUCAGUCUAUUAAAUUGUAUGUCUUUUUAGAAGUAUUUGGAGAUCCAUCUAAGCUUUAGAGCUGAGCAGCUCAAGAAGCCUGUAAUCUGGGCAUGUCUUUUUGGACCUGAUUUUUACGUUUCUUCUGCUGUGUAAGCCUCUGAAGAUUAAUAGCUAAUUUAUUAUUACUGUAACUUUUUAAGGCUUUAAAGUGCCUCAGGGGUCCUCUGAAACUAAUUUUCUAUUUCUGGGAUUCCUGGAUUUUUAAUAAGAGAUGGUGACAUAAUGAUUAAAUGAAUUCUUUUUUUAGUAUGAAAUUUGUUCCUUCUCUAGUACUUGCCUCCUACUAGCGUUGAAUUAUCACAGGAAUAAAAAUUGGUUAAUUUUA